AUGGAGGAAGUUGCUCCAACGACAUCAAGCAGACUAAUAGUCAAACUGCCAUUACAAAGGGAAAAUCCUGCGCCCAGAAGCUCUCAAACCUUGUCAAUCCGUGGUGUAGAAGCAGCAGAAAUCCAAAUCAUUGACGAUGAAGGCGACCUCAUCCUCACAGUUCUAAAAGCACAUAGCCAACAGCAAACACCCCUCCGAACCUUCAAGGUAUCCUCCAAAGCACUUUCACUCGCUUCGCCACUUCUCAAAUACCAUAUCACCAACCCAACAAUUCUUCCAAACCGCCACUCUGGGCAAACAGAGUCAAACGAAGGGUCUGACCCUAGUGGUGGGGUCACCUCACGGAAGCACCUCAAAAUAUCUGCAAAAAGCGGUUCAGUUGUGGAGCUAGUUUUGAACAUCAUCCACCACCGUCAUGAUAAGAUCCCAAUGGCUUUGAGUAUUGGAAAACUACACUCUAUUGCCACUUUUUGUCGUACCUAUCAGCUGCAACAUGCGGUUUACGCAGCUGCUAUGCACUCCAUUACUAUCAUGUGGCCUUUCGAUCCAACGUCCGCCAUCGUCCCUAUUGAAAAAACCGCAAUCAUUUCAGGGUGUGGUACUGACAAACAUCCUCACGCGAACGAGGACUGCCCCAAAUGGCUUUCGGUUGCUGAAGUAUUUCAGGUUGACAAGAUUAUCUGGGAGUGUAUGCAAAAUCUCGUUUUCCACGGCUUGGCAGAUUUGGGCGAUAAUUUCGUCCCCGACGGCCAACAAGCCCGACAGAUCCCGGUCUACUCACACAAGCACCGCGGUUAUCUCCAUCAUGGUCUGCCAUAUUUCGCCAAAAUCUGGACACAAAGAACUAUGUUGAUCGACGGCCUCUUCGACACCCUAGCAGCUAAGGAUAGCGCUUUUACGCAAGCAGCAAACAAGUGUGAAUUUCUCUGCCAGGGUUCCAAAGACAGAGCCGCCCAAAGCAUUUGUGACAACUUCCAAGUUAGAGAAAUCAUCAAGCUGAAGGCGGCACUUGGCAUUCCUGAUGGCCUCUUCACCCGUCCUUAUCUCGACAAUCACACUCUCGAUGAGAUCUUUGAAGUUUUUAGGAGACUAGAGCCCUGUGAGCCAAGUUUCAUUGGGUCUGUCUAUAGUAAGCAAGGAGAACAUGCUGAAUGCGAAAUGUCUCUAUACUUUUCUCGGGUUAUCAAAAGAUUGGAGGAGGGCUGGUACAAGGAAGCUUGA